AUGAUUCUACGGCGCACUAUUCGCGUAUUCGCAUACACAUUACUUCAGCUCUUCUCGUUAGUCUCUGCUCAGGACGAUGGCUCGCCAUUCGACUGUCACAUUACCUCUGGAAACCUGAAGUAUGACUUGACUGCCUUGGCUGGCGAACACACAGUGUCGCGCACACGAAUGUCCCCACCAACUGAAAUGAUUGACUCCGUUGCAUUCAACCUUUGCGCGGAUUUGCAGCAGAAGGAUGGAGUCGGUGCCCAAGACCAAUGUCCUUCAGGAACACGAGCAUGUCUCACCAAAACAAAUCGCAAGGAAGGCGAGGCAGACCGAAUAUUUGCUGUUAUUCCUCUAGCCAAGUCAUCUACCACAGACAUGGCAUAUACUUCCCUUACCUCACCGCAGGGUCUCUGUGUUACCUUCAGAGGGCCAUCAUAUCCCGACCCUACAAGCAACGACCUGAUACCCCAAACUUUUAACCUGAAACUACUGUGCAAUCCAGAGGACUCUGGACCAUCAUUUGUAUCAUACAAUCGCUCUGAUAUGUCGGUAGAGUGGAGCGCACCUGCUGGUUGCCUUUUGGGCAGUUCGCCGGACGCGCCGUCAGAAGACUUGCCAGGAGGAGAUGAUGGCAGCGGAGAUGAUAAGAAACAAAAGUCUGUUGGAUCUGGCGUCGGUUAUUUCUUCCUAUUACUCUUCCUCUCGUUCGCAGCCUAUUUCACAUUGGGCGCCUACUAUAAUUACUCUACAUACGGUGCCACAGGGAUGGAUCUCAUUCCACACCGUGACUUCUGGAGGGAAGUGCCAUACAUGCUGAGGGAUGUCGUCUCACAUCUAUGUUCUUCUGUACGGUCACGUCAGAGUGCCAGUCGAGGAGGCUAUAUAGCCGUUUGA